UAAAAAUGGAAAAUUGUCAAUAACAGAAAAUAAUUUCAGCAAACACCUGUCAAGCAACACCGACAUUACCAGCCGACGUACUAAUAGCACUUCACCACCACCCGUUGCAAUUCGUAUUGAAAUCGAUGCCAAAAUUGUUAUUUGUAUUAUUGCAGUUUAAUGUUGUAAAGUCACCGAGGCAAGCAAAUGCGAAUAAACUGCAAAUGAACGAUCAACAAAAAUGCCAAACACUCUUUUUAUAGCCACUGCCGCCGCCACAAACUAGGAGAGAACAAUCAAAGGAAAUGCGCACCAGACAUGCAAGUCGUCUUGACAAAGGAAACUUAAUUUUUUUGUUGGCAAUUUUUAUCGCCCAAGUAUGGAGCAGUUAUUUGAAGUGUUUCAGCUUUAUUGCCAACGACUUGGCAUGUCUCAUGGCCAUACUCAUUCAUUUUGGCACCGGCGCUUAUAGAGAGAGAUCCACAUUUUGCAGCAAAUCCUUUUGGCGAAUGAAGUCAAAGAAAUUGAUAUUGUGCAAUCGAAAAUGUCAAACGAAACGGGAAACUAAUAUUACGAAUGGAAAUAAACCAAGGUCAUUGGCAGGUAGGGGAUCAUGCAGCCAGAGUCAAACUCCCUUUGAAUCCCAGCAGCAGAAGCUGUCAAGAGGAAGGGGUGAAAGAAAGAGUGUUCUACUAACAUCGAAUGUCCAGGGCUAG